AUGGCAAUUGGUGGAAAGGCGACGUUGGCGCUACUCCUCUGCGUCAUGGUGGCAAACGUCGUGGAGGGUGAGGUGGUGACCUGCCAGAUGGUGGUCAGUAGCAUAACGCCGUGCGUCGGCUACCUCACCAGAGGAGGUACGGCGUCACCCUCUUGCUGCAGUGGGGUAAACUAUCUUAACAAGGCUGCAGCAACAACCCCCGACCGCCAGACCGCUUGCAAGUGUCUGAAACAAGCCGCGAACAUGUUGCCCGGACUCAACCUUGAUGCCGCUGGUAGCCUCCCCAUGAAAUGCGGCGUUUACAUUCCCUACGAGAUCAGCCCUGAUACUGACUGCGCAACGUAA